CCUCCUGACACGAGGACACCACCCCGCGCCGUCGACUCUUGCAACUGGGAAUAUUGAUCGCUGCAAUGCCUCUGCCUCGCCCUCUGCUGCGCCUCCUGCUGCUCACGGGCGCCGCCCUUUUGCCCUGCCUCGCCAACAGCAGUUGUACUUCGCCUUUCAAAUCCUAUGGCACGAAGGGGUGCCUGCAGGUCGUCCUCGGGAAACGGCCCCUGACAUGGCACAGUGCCAGAAGCGAGUGCCAGGCCAAGGGAGGUGAUCUGGCUGUCCUGGACGAGGCAGAGAAGUUCAGAGCGCUGUCGGCUGGGAUCGACGAGGAACACCCGGACAUGACCAAGGGCGGCUUCACCUUCUGGGUCGGAGCUGAGCGGGUCGAGUCCUCGUGCGCUGGACGAACGGCGAGCCUGUGGAGCCGAAUGCGGAGUUGUGGGUGGCCGGGCAGCCUUCUCCCGGCAGCAGUGCCAGUGCCGCCAUCAUGGUACCUGCUGGAGGCGCUGAGGGACGUCGCUACCUCACCAACUUCAGCCCAGAUACCUUUGCUCCUGCUUUCAUCUGCGAGAAGUUCUAAGUUUGAGGGAAGUUCUGGGUGUGAGUGUGGGGUGGGGUAG